AUGGCGGGCGACACAUCCCCAAUAAACGCCAGUAAACGCACCUCAGCAACCUCCAGCCUACGGCACAGUCAAACAACACGGCCAGCCUCACCUCACACCCCGCAGCAACAAAUACGAUCGGGAAGUACCUCAUUCGCCAGCAACACGUCCCCCAGCUCCUCAUUCCGAAGCGAGGACGAUGCAAUCAUAUUUGAGAUAGGCGCAAGAUGGCUGCGCGCAGGAUUUGAAGGGAAUAGUACUCCUGCGUGUGUGGUUGGAUUUGGGCCCGAAGAUUCCAGGAGAGCGGGAGACUAUCGAGGAUGGAUACAAGGCAGCGCCGGGGCUGCCCGACUACCACAGCCUAUUGCCGCGGAAGAAUGGGCGCAAUCGCAUGAGCUGUGGCGCCUUGACUCAAGAGAAGUUGACCUGGGUCUGGUCGAGGACAAGAUCGAGCGCGCGGUUCGGGAAACAUACAAUCAGUUUCUAUUGACUGAUGCAGGCACGACGCGCCUGGUGCUUGUCCUGCCAUCUCUCAUGCCACAUCCGUUGCUAUCGUCUCUUUUAUCAACCUUGUUCAGUCGCUGGCGAUUCUCAAGUGUGACCCUUCUAUCGAGCGCGACUAUGUCAGCCACGGCCGCUGGAUUGCGGUCGGCCUUGGUGGUCGACUUGGGCUGGGCCGAAACAACGGCGACGGCAAUCUACGAAUACCGGGAAAUCUCCACGAAGAAGACAACCCGGGCAAUGAAACACUUGAUGCAGGAAACGGGGCGACUCCUCACUGGAUUGGCUUCCAACACCGAGGACAACGCAGGCACCGCUGAUGAAAUUUCAGUUGGGCUUGCGUAUUGUGAGGAGAUAGCCAGCCGAUUCUCGUGGUGCAAAUCUAAAAAUUACGAAGAAUCAUCGAACAAGUUCAACCAGACUUUGGCGAUUCCUUCGCCCGCAAACCCAGAACAGGAAUACAUGGAUGUGCCCUUUUUGCGGUUCGCUGAGCCUACUGAAAAGGUGCUCUUCGCAUCGGGCAUUCCAGAACAUGAGAUGGAUGACGAGGAAAGAUCAUUGCCUCUACUUGUCUAUAAUACGCUGCUGUCACUUCCCCCCGAUGCACGAGGAACUUGCAUGGCACGCAUUGUAUUCGUGGGCGGUGGCUCAAGGAUUCCUGGUCUACGACAGCGGGUCCUUGAUGAAGUCUCAAGCAUGAUCGAUCGCCAUGGAUGGAGCCCAAUUCGAGGAAAGGCACUUGAACGACAACGGGAGCGGCUCGAGCAAUUGAAACUAUCAUCUCAAAGAGCUUCUUCCCAACCAGAGGUCCCCAAAGGCAAUGGAGAAGCCGCUUCUCCUGAUACACCGCUUCCCGAUCCUCCGGAAAUCGACUUUGUGGAACAGAAGCUCCGCCGACAAAACAGAGACACCCCAGUUCCGGUCCAAGGCGUGCUGCGGGAAAUUGAGUCACUCGGCCCUUGGGCUGGCGCAAGCUUAACGACUACUCUGAAGAUCCGUGGCAUGGUUGAAAUUGAACGAGAGAAAUUCCUUCAGCACGGAUUGGCCGGGGCUACUCGAGACAUUGACCAUCCUGUUCCUGAUCGUCGAUCUGGCUUGAGGUCCGGUGGUGAUCGGUCGAGCUGGACGUUGGCAGGAUGGGCAUAG